AUGGGUCGAGUCUCAUUCUCAUCCAUGGUAGACAGAAAUUCAAACAAGAUCGCACGCAGUCUCAUCUAUGCCGUUCUUGAAUGGACACUUAUACUUCUCCUCCUUCUUAACUCCCUCUUCUCUUUCCUCAUCAUCAAGUUUUCCCAAUAUUUUGCCCUAAAACCACCCUGUUUAUGGUGUUCUACCCUCCACCGUUACUUGGAGCCCCAAAAGAUCAAUUCCCACCGGGAUCUUCUCUGCGAAUUCCAUUCCAAGGAGGUUUCAUGUCUGGGUUUCUGCCCAAAUCAUAAUAAAUUAGCCGAAAUCAAGGAUUUCUGUCAAGAUUGUUUUUCCUCCCAUCUGGGUUUUCAAUCGGAGGUGAAACAGAGCGAUGGAGAUGAACAGAAGUUCGAGUGUUCUUGUUGCGGUUUGAAGAUUCGGAAGAAAAGCGUUUCACGAACUCGGAGUUGUUGGGAUGUUUUGGAGUAUACUGAAAAUGGGGAUUUGGUUGUGGGGAUUGAGAGAAAGAUUGGGUCAAAUGAUCAAAUCGGAUCGGAUUUGAUCAACGGAAAUCUUGAAAUUCAGAGCAGAAAAGAGAAUCGGAUAAAAUUUGAAGGGAAAGAUGUGUCGGAUUCAAAUUCUUUUGAAAUUGAAACACAUUUGAAUCAAUUUGAAAAAAAGGAUGAUUCGACUUCAGGUUUGCUCUCAGGAGAUCUUGAAUUCUUCUUUGAUUAUAGUGGUAGUCAAUUGGUUCCCAUCGAAUUAGUUGACUCGUCAACGGAAGAAAGUCAAAACGUUUCUGAAGCGGAUGAAGAACAUCAGAAGACAGAGCUUGAGUCCAUGGAAUUGGAAGAAACUGAGAAUUCUCUUGUUUUUAACGCAAAAAUCAUUGAACUCAUUCAUGAAAAAUCCGCCAUUGUUGAAGAAACUCGAGCUCUGUUCGUCAAUUCCCAAGAACAUGAAAAAGAUGCUGCAGAAACCGAUAAAUUCGAUCCAGAUGCUCAUUCGGUUCAUGAAGAAGCAGAGGUUUCAAUUGGAACAUGGAUUCCUGUUCUUGAUUCAUGUGUUGAUGAACUAUCAACUAAAUCCCAUGAAUUACAUCUAAAGAUUGAAAAUGGUGAAGAUAUCAAAUUGAAUGGAAAUCACAGUGAGAUUGAGGAAGAGAAAAUUCCCGAUACGCCCGGUUCAGUUUUGAGCCUCGGCCAACUGCAUACGAAGUUAUUAACCAUCGAACGGAAGGAAUCAGGGGCAGAAGAGUCAUUUGACGGUAGUGUGAUGAGCGAGAUCGACGGUGGUGAUCCGACCACCACCGUGGAGAAGCUAAAAUCGGCUUUGAAAGCGGAACGAAAAGCUUUACAUGCUUUGUAUGCUGAGCUGGAGGCGGAACGCGGUGCUUCGGCAGUGGCUGCCAGCGAGACAAUGGCGAUGAUCAACCGCCUUCAAGAAGAGAAGGCCGCCAUGCAAAUGGACGCGUUGCAUUACCAACGAAUGAUGGAAGAACAAUCGGAAUACGAUCAAGAAGCUUUGCAGCUGUUGAAUGAUCUUAUGAUCAAACGGGAAAAAGAAUUGGAGUCGUAUCGGAAAAAAGUGGCGGAUUAUGAAGUAAAAGAGCGAAUGCGGUUUUCGAAUUCAACAUCUUGUAGCCAUUCUGAGGAUGGGGACAAGAUGAUGAUUGAAACAAACAAUGAAUCAAACGGGAAUCGAGAAAGUAGGCAUCAUAGCAUCCCAGUCCCGAAUGAUUCCGGAUCUAGUUUUCUCGGUCUGGAAUCAUCAUUGACGGACUUCGAAAAAGAACGAUUGUCAAUUUUGGAACAACUUAAGGUUCUAGAAGUGAAGCUUUUCGCUUUGAGUGAUGAGGAAGAUCCACAUUUUGCGGAUGUAAGACCGAUUGAAGAUUUCUACGACAAAAAUGGGGAACUUUCCGGAAACGGAUUUAACACCAUCGAUUUGGCCGAAAACACACUUGCUCCGCUUUUUGAUAUUGGUAUCAAGGUUGAUGAUAAGGUGACGGAAUCAAACGGGUUUCAUCCCGACGAAUUGGAAAACGAUAAGAAAAGGUUCGAGAUCGAAGAGGAAGUCGAUCAAGUUUACGAGAGGUUACAAGCUCUCGAAGCCGAUCGAGAGUUCCUGAAACACUGCGUUGGAUCAUUGAAGAAAGGUGAUAAAGGGAUGGAAUUACUUCAAGAAAUCUUGCAGCAUUUGCGCGACCUUCGGACUAUGGAUAUUCAUCAAUGAAUGAAAGCUGCUAUCGACGUAUUAUUGUUUUAAAAAACAAAAAACCAAUAAAAAGUAUUAGGGGUAUUUUCGUGAUUUCAUAUCAUUCAUCUUUUAAGGAAAAGAGGGAUGGGAUGGGUUUGUGUUUUUGUAGGGUUUGUAAAGCUGAGGAAGGAUCCAAUGAAGGACAUUUUUUCGUUUUA